AUGGUGAGGGAAGGCUCGGCUGGCCUGCAGCCAACUGGCGGUGGUAGAAGUGGUUGUGGAGAUGGUGGUAACGGCCAGGUCUACGCCCGCCGCGGAGUGAGCAAUGAUCGCAAUGGCAUCAUGUAUAGUCACUGCACUCCCAAGGUUCGCUGGGCCGAAGGGAACAGUAAUAGUCACCGUCAUUACUGGGCCGGCGUGGUUGUCUGGGUCAACCGAUGGGGUUGCGAGGAGGAUGAUAUCACACCCAUCUGGCCAGUCGGUGUCUCCUACACGAUGUAUCACUUGAGUUGGGGUGCCUCAUCUACAGCUGAUGGCAAGUUCUCCUUCAGAGCAGCAGACGUCGGCCUCGAUAUGCCAACGCACGCCAAAAUGCAGAUUAACGACAACGCCAUCUCGCCCUUGCAAAAUGCUGACAGCGAGAACAUUUUCGAGCGCGCGCUAGUCCGUUGGGAAUCUCUACCAAUUCUGGCAAAGGGCGCGCUCACCAACGUCCGGUAUGAGAAGACCCAGGUCCCUUUCAAAGACGCCAACGUCCAGGCCCAACUGGAUGUCGCAUACCAGGAAACAUUCUUUGCAGGGUUAGCACUAUUGAAGUGCGACCCGACAACGGAACCGAAAAAGAAUGACACUCCUGAUGAAUAUCCUGAUGCUGACACCACCUACGCACCUAAGUCAAACUUAACAGGUAAAUAA